AUGAAGCUGACUUCAUUCGCCCUUCUGUGUCUGAUACUUAUUUUCUUUCAUUUGUCUUUGGCUAAGAGAGGAGGUUUUGGUAAAAGCUUCGGCUUUAAAAAGCCCUCUACAUCGAGCCGAGGCAACAGCCACACUAAUACUGGCAACAAAAACAAUUGGGGCAGCAGUUCUGAGGGUUCAUACCCAAAACAGCCCUCACAAACUAAUCAAGGAGGCUACAAUCAACACCCAGGGAGACCUGGUAGUUACCCCUAUCAGCCAAGUGGAGGAGGAUACCAUAACCAAUACCCAGCACCUGGCUCCCCCUAUGGAGGUAGUUAUGGUGGGUAUGGCUAUGGGGGUGGUAAUACCAGAUAUGGCGGUUAUCCUGGUGGAUACAUCAAUCAAAACCCAAACAACCCUGUCCUGAACCCUCGAUAUGGCAGCAACUUUGGAUACCAGGGCCAAGGUUAUGGGGGAGGCUCUCCAUUUCCCCGUUCCGUUCAGGCAAUGAAUGUGAUGCCCAACGAUAAAUCCAGAGGUUUUGGACGCAGUGCGGUCAUGGCAGCAGCAGGAGGGGCUGUGGCUUUAGGCUACGGUUUGGGAAGAUUCCCUCGUCCUCAUUUCCACUUUCACAACCCCCAGGAGGAGUACUACAACAACCACUAUAAUAUGUACAGGAAAUACGGUGUCAGGUCUAUGGAUGCAAAUGAUUACAGCAGAGACUACAGGUACAGCUCUCCCCCUGAGACUUACGAUGACUUCAUGGACUCCUGCAUUAAGAGAAUCAACAUUCUGCCUCCAGCUACUCAUCAAAACAACAAACCAGCAGCCACCACUGCAACUACACUUGUGACCUCCAAUCCAGUUGCCAGCCCAGGUGUAACCAACCACACCGGUCCUAGUAAUUCAACAUUAGCACCUCUCUCUACAAAUCAACCUCAAGUUGAUGUGGUGCCUCCCUCUCCAAAGGCCGUCAGCAGUGAAACAGGUGAUGACACAGUCAGUAUCGUGGACAUUGGAUAUCCAGCACUGAUUGAGCAAGUUAAGGCCAGGAGAUGCUUGGAGCUCUACCUGAUUUACUCGGACAAGUACAUGACUAGACAGACUGGUGGCACAUCCGGGCUGGAGAUGCCCAUGGGCAAGCUUUUAAUUGUUCUCACAAGUGCUUUUGUGGUGCUGAUUAACAGUAGCACAUGA